CGCAGAAAAUACGUCAUCAAGUAGCCUACCGAAGUUACCGACGCCAUUUUGGCUCAAACAAACUCUACAUUUCACUUACUAGUUAAACAUAUUCGUGUUAAGAAAUCGUAUUUUAUACUCAGUGCAUUACAGAGGCUGUCCGUAAAGUCACUGCGUGCGUCUGCUAAAAUAACUGCUGUAUAUUUUUUCUGAAUUGUAAUGUAUUUUUAAUAAUACACCUGCUAAAUCAUCUGCUAGCAGUCCGCUACGUGUCACCGCUGUUGUGCCCAGAUGAUAAGUUAAACAUUUGGCGAAUUUAAAUAAAAAUGGGUGGAUGCUCCGCUCCAAAUUGCUCGAACUCUACAACUAUCGGAAAGCAGCUCUUUCGCUUCCCGAAAGACCCCGUGCGCAUGAGAAAGUGGCUUGUAAACUGUCGGCGUGAUUUUGUCCCGACUCCCUGCUCCAGACUGUGCCAGGACCACUUUGAAGAAAGCCAGUUUGAGGAGAUCGCCAGAUCACCAGCAGGGGGAAGGAAACUCAAACCCAACGCGAUCCCCACUCUGUUCAAUGUGCCCGACCCUCCCUCUCCUGUCACCCCUCAACCAGUGCUACCUGUUAAAAAUGAGUCAGUGGAAAAGGACUUGAACAUGGGGGACCAUGGAUAUGCCCGUCGACAGCCGCCUGUGGAUUCAGAGGAGGAUGGGGUUCAGAGGACAGACGAGGAGCGACCCUGUUCUCUCUGCCAGCAUUAUAAAACCAAACUGGAGCAGCAACAGCAGCACACAGUCAGACUACAGAGAGAGGCAGAGGAGAUGAAGAAACGUCUUUACAAACUGAGUAAAAUAGAGAAGGGGCUACAGGUGUUCCUGUUUGAGGAUCAGAUACGUGCCCUAACGUUGGCCAAGCGUUCUCGGAGGGCCGUGUGGUCCCAUGAUACUUUACUGACAGCCCGUAAAAUCCGCUGCGCAGUGGGGGUUAAAGGAUACGAGUACCUAAGGGAACUGGGCUACCCUUUACCUUCUUACAGGACGCUUUGCAAUCGGCUGGAGCCCAAAAUGAUGGUGACCACGAGUAUGCAGGAUGAACUGGCAGAGCUCGGCCUGGGCAUCAUAACAGCGUGUGACAGUCCGGAGGGCAACGUGACGAGUGAUGAACGACUGAUUGGAGUCAUGACCUGAGACGCUGUGUUUGUAGGAAACCGCACUGAUGCUUGACUGUUAAAUCAGCCGAAGGCGGGACUCGCAGAAGAUGUUUGUUUACGGGGUUAAGUUAUGUUGGCUUGUUGUCAUUGCAUUUUGAAACCAUUUGCAUAAAUACCACAACAGUCUGGAGAUGAUUCACUAACUAGUAUGUGUUUUCUUUAACAAAUGAACUAUUUUGGUCGUGCUGCAUCUGCCUGUGUAGUUGGAAUCCCUUAAAUGUUACCUAUUUUAAGUGAUGCAAAAACUUCAGCUGUUCGCAGAAUCAUAACAAUGUACCCUGAAAACCAAAUGUUAUCACUCUAAACUUGAUUUUUGCUACCGAGACAAAGAUAUUAGAAUGUUUUUGCUCGUUUCUGUGAGAGGAAGUUGACAAACGAGACUUCUGUCACUUCUUAUAAAGUGGUAUAUUGCUGUUUUAAAGUGAUGUAAAUCUGGUGUACGAGUUUAGUAGCCCAAAAGAUAGCACAUAUUUAUAGAGCCACCACAGAUGAUUCAUGCAGUUGCCAAACGGAAGGGAACUGUUCUGAAUAAUACACUUCUGUCUUUCUGCAAACCAGAGUUUCUGGUUUUUGUGUUCAUGUUUGCCACCCGUCUGUACAGUUUUAUUUCAACAGCUCUCUGAUGGAUCCUUGUCAACUGUUUGUCUUGAAGGCAUAGUUCGCCCAAAAAUAAACUUUUUUUUAUUCACCCACA